AUGUCGGCCACCGAAUCCCCACCUUCAGCCCCUGGGCAAAGCAGUGAGCCCUUCGCCCAGGAGACCACUGAGUGCCCCACCUCGACUACCGCCGCCGCCGACCUGCCUCAGCCGCAGAAUGAUGAUACAUUAGAGGACAUACCCCAGAACACAAUGAGCACAGCAGCGGACAUACCGCCGGCUUCAAACGAGGAAGCCUGCGGUUCGAGGGUUUCUGACUCGGCUACCCCGUCUUGCCAACCGUCGCAACCGGACCCGCUCGAGGGGCAGAUAGAUGGACUAUCAAUAUCAGAACCCAACGCACCCGUACCUCAGCAGCCGACCGAGGUGCCUACUACCCCCGCGCCUACACCCCCCGAGAAAGAUGAAGCAUACCUCAACCAAUCAGCAACUUCUGCACCCGUGCAAACCAGCGAGCCGAUCUCCAUUCCAAACUCCGAAAAGGAGCUGCCCGAAGUACCGACAGACAGCGAUCAGGAUACCAAACCGACCAAGAAAGCGACAGGGGUGCGCGAUGAAUCGGAGUCACAGCUCGAGAUCCAGAGCAUUAUGGGUCAGUUUCAGGAUCCCGCGCGGACUACUGAUCAAGACCAAAUAAUGUCUCCUCGGUUGGAGCUGGCUACUUCGAACUACUUCUCAGCUCGAAGAGGAAGUUUGGAUCAUAUUCAGUCACCUAUCUCUGGGGCUCCUCCCGUUCUGCCUCAGGGAGGUCAUGCAUCCUCUCCCACGACUACACACUCUCGUAAAUCUAUCGGUCCCGACGAACCUAUGCUGACCCGACGAUCAUCGACCUCGACAAUUCCACCUCUACCCGAGCCCGAGCCAGACCAGCCGUUCGAUUUUCACCGAUUUCUAGAACAGUUACGCCACCGAACUGCUGAUCCUGUUGCCAAGUUCCUACGAUCAUUUCUUAUGGAGUUUGGAAAGAAACAAUGGAUGGUUCACGAGCAGGUCAAGAUCAUCAGUGAUUUCUUGGUCUUUAUUACGAAUAAAAUGGCAAUCUGUGAAGUCUGGCGAGAUGUGUCAGACUCCGAGUUUGAUAAUGCAAAGGAAGGAAUGGAGAAGCUGGUCAUGAACCGCCUGUACUCGCAGACAUUCGCGCCAGCUAUCCCGGCUCCUCCAACGAUCCCCAGGAGCGCAAGUCGCAGCCGGCGGAGAGAGAUCGAGAGGCUCCAUGGGCCAUGGAGACGGGGUCAACACCAAGAAGAUAUUGAGCGAGAUGAGAUUCUGGCACAGAAGAUUCGCAUUUAUAGUUGGGUUAGCGAGGAACACUUAGAUAUCCCUCCUGUUAGUGGUGGCGGGCGCCGAUUCCUGAAUCUGGCACAACAAGAAAUAUUGAAGAUUAAUGGUUAUCGCGCCCCUCGCGAUAAGGUCAUCUGCAUAUUGAAUUGCUGCAAGGUCAUUUUUGGUCUAUUAAAGAAUUCCAAAAAAGCCGAUACCUCUGCGGACUCUUUUGUCCCGCUUCUGAUCUACGUGGUGUUACAUGCGAACCCAGACCACCUGGUCUCCAACAUCCAAUACAUCCUGCGGUUCCGCAGUCAAGAGAAGCUAGGUGGUGAGGCAGGCUAUUAUCUAUCUUCGCUGUCUGGAGCUAUCCAAUUCAUCGAAACUUUAGACCGUACCAGCCUUACCGUUAGCGACGAAGAGUUCGAGAAAAACGUCGAGGCCGCGGUAUCUGCAAUUGCAGAGCAGAACCGAGAGGCCGAGCCCCUGGAUGAGAAACCUACCAACCGACCCGUUACCCCCGGCGGUCCCUCGCAGCCGCAAGCAGGAUCCAGCCGUAAAGAAGCCUCUCAAUCAAGCGACGAUGAUACCUCCGCGCCUGUAGCAGGACUUCUCCGCACAAUCCAAAAACCUCUCUCCACAAUAGGUCGCAUUUUUUCCGAUGAACCCGACAGUGGAUCUUCGCAAGAUCGACCCCUUCAACCUGCUGCAACUCCUCAGCCAGCACCUCCUCGUCUCAACCCAAAUGUGUAUCAACCUCCACGCUCCAGCAGCGAGGGCAGACGAUCCGGUGAAGAACGUCUACCCUCUCGUGAAGGUAGUGCGAAGAAGAAUCUGAGCCGUGUUCUGGAUGCCCAAGAUGCAGCUGCUCGGCAGGCUAGUGCGGAGGAUGCCGAGGCACGACGCAUUCAACGUACUGAGCAUAACAAUGUUGUGGAGACAUUAUCGAAUAUGUUCCCUAAUCUAGACCGCGAUGUCAUUGAUGAUGUGGUUAAGAUGAAAGAAGGGCGGGUUGGCCUUGCUGUUGACGCAUGUCUCGCUUUAAGCGCAGAGUAG